AUGUGUGAGCAGCAGCAGGUUACGUGCUGCCUGCCGCUGCCCCAGUGCUGUGUGAAGGGCUCCUACUUCUACCCUUCCCCGUCCCCCUACGCCAACAGCCAGGUGUUGGUCCAAGCUCCGUGUGAGAUGCAAGUGAUGGAGUGCCCUGCACCAUGCCCUGUUCAAGUAUGCCAGGCUCCAUGCCAGGCUGGGACCACCAAGGUGAAAUGCCAGUCUUCAGGCCAGGCUAAGACCACCCAGGGGAAUGGCCAGACCUCAGGCCAGUCUAUGACAGCUCAAGGGAAGUGCCAGCCUUCAGGUUCCUACGUGCAAUGCCAGGCUGCUGGAGCUCUGCAGACCUGCUACGUGGGAUGCGCUCCAGUUUGUUACACAGAAACGUGUUUCGUGGAAUGUCCAGCUCAGACCUACGUGCCCUACGCAGUUCCCCAGGCGGUCCCGAAUUACGUCACAUACUCCCCGAUGUGCCAGCCUCAGGGGAGAUUUUCCACUCAGGGCCAGUAUCAGGGCUCCUACGGCGGCAGCGGCUGCGGGGUUCAGUACCCAUCCCGGAUUUCCUACAGCAACUGCGCGCCCCCGUGCCAGCCCCAGGCGUCCUACGGCAGCCGCGCGCCCCAGCUGCAGUCCGGGCCUUCCUACAACGGCUGCGCCCCCCAGUUCGGGUGCGGAGGCUCCUACAGCAACUGCGCCCCCCAGCGCGCAUCCCGGGCUUCCUGCGGCACAUAUGCACCCCAGUACUCGGGUUACCCCGAGCAGCGCCGCUCGCAGAGCGCCAGCAGGUGCCUCCCCGCGCGCCGGCUGCAGCCCCCCUACCGCAGCUGCUCUCCGCCGCGCCGGGCUCAGCCCUGCUACGGCAGCUACCUGCCCCCCGGCUGCUCCUCGGGCUCCUCCGCCAACUACUGCACGCCACCCCGCCGCUCCGAGCCUAUCUACCACAGUGGCUGUGCUCAGCGCCCCUCCCAGGGCAGCUCUCAGCGAUGCGGACCCAAGUGCCGAAUCGAGAUCUCCUCCCCGUGCUGUCCCAAGCAGGUGCCACCCAGGAGGUGCCCAGCUCAGAUCCCGCCCAUCGGACGCUGCUCGGCGAGUUGUGCUCCACGUUCCUCCUGGGGCACCUCCUGCCCGGAGCUGAGACCGUGCGCAGGGCCGCGGCCACUCCCGAGCUUCCGUCCCUCGUGGGGGCAACAGCAGUGCUCGGAGCCGUCGGUGCAGCGAGGCCCGGUUCCAGCGCCCCGUCUGCGCCCGCGCCCGCAGCGGUGCCCGAGCCCAGAGUUCCGCCCGUGCCCGCCACCCCGGCGCCUCUCGGAGCCCUGUUUGUAUCCCGAGCCCGCUCCCCGCCCGGCCCCGUGCCCAGCCCCGCGGCCGCGGCCUCGCCCGGUGGUGUGUGGGCCCGAAGAUCCGUUCCCGCUCCCGGAGCCCUGCGAGCGCCGCGAGCCCCCUUCGCUCCCGGAGCCGGUCCCCCUGCCGGCGCCCUGCUCCAGCCCCGAGCCCUGCCCCGAGCCCCGGCGGUGCUCCAGCCCGUGCUCGGGCCCCGCCGCAUCUCCGCGCCCAGGAGAUGCAGGCUGCCGGGAGUCCACUCCGUGCCACCUGGACACCGAGGCCCCCAGCUGCGGCUCCGGUGGCUAUAAUCAGUGGCACGAGGGGAGUGGUAGCUUCGGACCCUGUGAAGACUUUCCGGAGCCUCGGGGGCUGAGCGGUUGUGGAGACCAAGGAGGUGCCAGUUUCGGAGCGAAAGGCGGAGCCGGUUUCAGAGCGAAGGGAGCCUAUUUCUAAAAGAAGCUGGCGAGAAACCCUCCCGUGACAGGCAGCCCCAAUUUCCAAUGUGCUUGUUUGAUCGUUCAAACGCACUAGGAGGUUCCCUGCGGCAGAGGUGAGGUUCCAACUCCUCUGCAUACCAUCCCAGGAACCAUACCAUCCCACCUGUAUGUCAGGCUUCUCUCCUGGCUCUCAUCAGACUGCUCUUGGCAAAUAUCCUUCCUCAUAGUCAGACCAGUCUGACCAGCAGAGCACUUCUUGGGUGUUCCCAGCACACGCCUUCUGAAUCUCUGCUCCGGAGCUUCUGUCACUCUUUUGCCCUGCACGGCCACCUCAUCGCCAGUUCAUACAUCAGAAAUCCAGCCCAUCUUUCAAAGCCUCCUCUUGGGAUCAUUUUCCUUACCCCCAGACCUACCGCAGGAGCGUGUAUGGAUUUCCUAGAACUCAAAGAAUUCGCUAUACUAUUAGGCAACUGUCUUGCAACAUUUCUGGAAUUGUUUCCUGUGCCAGGAAUGUUUGUCUCAUUCGGCACACUAAGUUGAAAAUGUCCAGUUGCAUGGAGUCACAAUAUCCCUAAAAUCCUCUGCACUUCCUGGCAUG